AUGACCUCUGCUAAAACAUAUUGUGAAGGACUCAAUCCAGCUGGAUACUUGGUAACAAUCACUUCAUCACAGGAGAUGGACUUUAUAAAGUCAAAGUUCAACUUGGGCUCAAACAGUUUCUGGAUGGCUGGCAUGGGUGAUGAGAAUGGAACAUGGGUCUAUGAUCACGGCCCUGAGAAUGGUCAGUUGAUGUUUGAUCAGCACUCAGAUAGAACUUAUGCAUUCCAAGAUUGGUGUCCAGGUGAGCCAAACAUUGGCAACAGCGAGUAUUAUAUUAAGUACAUCGGUGGUUCAGUACCCAAGCGUUGUUACAACAAUGAGGAUGGCUCCAAGCCACUACCCCUCAUCUGCGAGUUUAACAAUGGUUACGACAUGUCCCUGAGCCCAGCCUCCCAGUACGGUGGCCAGUCCGUGAUGAACACUGGCAAGCUGCCAUUCAACUUUGACUUUAACAAGGUCAGCAUCACGAUGAAGAAGACGACUGGCACCCCCGUUCCGGACUUCCAGUGUGCCAACCCAGUCAACAAUGUCAACACACUGACCUGCAACAUGCCACCUGGCGAGAGUGGCAACUAUGUUGGCACAAUCACCGAUGGCAAGAUCACUAGCACUUUCUUCUACCAGUACAUGCCUCCACAUGUUGCCGUUGUUUAUCCAUCGGCUACAAUGGCCAAGGGCACGACCAUCACUUUGACUGGUAGCGGCUUUGGCACUCCGGGAUCGGCUACAGUCAAUGUGUCCAUGGGCACACUUGACCAAGUAUCAUGCAGCACCCUGACCGUCCUCAGUCCAGGAUCACUCACCUGUGUCCUCAGCGACACCGUGUCCCAAGGUCUAUUCCCCAUCAAGGUCACAGUUAAUGGUCAGACCGGUAGCAACCUCAAAUCACUCAUUUACAUGUCCGGUGAACAAGCAUUCUAUAAUUGCUUCAAGUACAAGCUUGGAUUGUUUGAUAUCAACAAGAUCAUCACGAAUCAGUCUGUAGAGGGCAUGAGAGGUAAUGUUGGAGUUAUCCAAAAUAGGCAAACAGCCAUUUUGUUGCGAGCAUUGUGCACUUGGUACGCUCCAGAUUCAAACUAUGAACCAAUCAAAGACCUUUAUAUGAAUGCUGUAUAUGAUGACAUAGAUAAUACCUGGAGUUAUGUAUAUGGACCCAAUGGAGGCACCAAAGUAGCACCCUACCCUGCGACCGGCAUUGGUUUGUUCAGCUCGACCAGCCUCCAAUAUGAUAUAUCGGGGUCCCCAAUCGAUGAUCAAAGUGCCGUAUGGAAGUAUCCUGUCGCCAACAAUCUACCUGGAUCCGGACUUGGUAUAUUCCUCAAGAACACCGCUCUACUUGGCCUCAAAUCUAGCUUCAGCGCCACGCUGCCAACAUCUGGUGGCGUGAUCAGGAUCAUGGUUGUCAACCCACCAACAUCACUAUCACAGGUCAACCUUGUUCUAAAGAAUGGUGGAACGACAGUCUCAACAACACCAUCAUAUUAUGUCGACUAUGACAACUCGGCCAUCGCCUUCGUUGUGCCAAGCGGCAUUGGCGGCCCCUAUGCUGGCAACAUCUUCACCGACGGAGUUGUCAUGACCAAUGGAUCAAUCUCGAUUACUUAUCAAAAGCCUGUGAUCACCGGUGCGACAUCCCCCACGACCAAUGGUGCGGGACUCACGAUAACUGGCACCAACUUUGCCGAGACCGCCACCAACAUGCGUAUCCGUCUCGACCUUACUGUUAACAGCACAGCAAGCUGCGCCAAUGUCAGGAUGGUCAAGUCCUUCACCGCUGUGACCUGUGAUGCACCAGAGUCCUACGGCAAUGGCAAUGUCACCCUGGAGUAUACCACAGUGACCGACAAGUCCAAUGUGUUUGGCUUCACCUUCCAGGCGCCACAGAUUACUGCCAUCACACCAACUGGUGCGGCCGGUGGUCAAGUCACCGUCCAAGGUGUCAGCCUGUACAACAACGCCUCAUUGAGCAAGGUGUCAGUGGACAGCUUCCAAUGCAACAACGUCCAGUUCAUCCAGCCAAACUUCAACUUCACAUGUGACAUGCAGCCGGGCACUGGCACCUUCCCAGUCAAAUAUGUGAUCAACAACCAGUUUUCCAAUCAACUGGCCUCAGCCGCCACAUUCACAUACAUGGCACCAGUGGUCACCAACUCCACUCGCGUCAAGUACUUGAUCGGUGGCGAUGUCACUGUCACUGGAUCAAACUUUGGCAAUGUGGGGUUGACUGUCACCAUCCUCAGCACGCCAUGCACCAACAUCUCAUUUGUCAGUAACAACACUAUUGUCUGUCGCUACCCAGGCACAGUCGACGCCUCCCUUUUCCCAGGUGGUGCCAUCGUCAAUGUCACAGUCAACGGACUCUCUGGCAAUGCUCCAGUCUUCUUCUAUGAUUUCCCAGAGUGCGACGCUGAUUGCAGUGGCCAUGGACAAUGCAAUGAGGGUGCAUGCAAGUGUGACAAGGGAUGGGAGUUGUACAAGAAUUGCUCGGCAGAGGGUGGAAGUGGUGGCAAGCCAACAGAUGGUGGCAAUGGUAAUGGACAGUAUCCAGGUGGAGACAAGGGCUUCACAUCAGCCAUCACCCAUUUGCGUGAGAUCAGCUCUGUGACUUCGGAACCAAUACCGGGCAAGAUUGUUGCGCUCAAGGAUGCCACGUGGGUCAAGGUGACCAAGGAUGGCGACGCGACAUCCACCUACAACGGCACAUUCACCAACAGCCCUGCGGUCGUGGUGAUCAAUGUGACCGCAUAUGACGAGGACACCACCAUCCAGUUUGCCGGCCAGAGCAUCUCAAUCUCGGCCAACUCGCUCAAGUUCAUCGUCUCUGUGUAUAACUGGAAGUUUGACUCUGUGCUCAACGCAUUCCACGUUAUCUUCGCGUCGACCGCACCAAAGACCACAGUGUCCCAGUGCAAGACAGUGGACACCGUCUAUCAGUCUGGCUUCAACCAGUUCCAGUUGGUGGCCGGUGACUCUGUGCUACAGACACACUUUGCCAACGGUCUGAUCGUGGAGGAUCGCGUGAUGGUGUCCAAUGUGCUGGCACUCAAGGACAGUGAUCCAUUGAUGAUCGAGUCCAACCAGAACCAGACGACUAACUACACACAGAUGGUGGCAAUUGUCGCACCAUCAUUCGAGAAGAGAUUGAUUGUCGAUCCAUCAUUCCGUUCACUAAUCUCAUCACAAACUACAAGUGAGUGUAGUACCGAGAGCAACUGGCGACUGAUUGUCAUUGUAGUCAUCUGUUCAGUCGUUGGAGUUGGCCUGAUCGUUGCCAGUAUACUACUUAUCCGACGCAAGCUGGAAACCCGUCGAAUGCAGCGCAACAUCCAGAUGAAGCAGCAAUCAUACAUGGAGAGCAACUCCUAG